CUUAGGUAGCGUAGAUUAGAUUUAACAAAUGAAGAGAGAGAGAGAUUAGUUUUUGGGAUAUUUUGGUUCGAACCCGGAACCACCGAAUAUUCUCUCUCCACAAGUAGAUAACACCAGCACAAGGAGAGAGAAAACAGAGGAGUGUCCCCAAAGGAAAGGACUAGGGCUCCCUCUUUCCCCUCUCUCUCUCUUUCUCUCUCUAUAUCUUCUCCUAAAUUCCUGUCUCUCUACCUCUCUCUCCUACAUCAAUCAAAACCUCCUCUUUUCUUUUUUUCUAAAUUGAAUUAAUUUACGGGAUUGUUAUUGACAAUGGAGGAGAUGAAUGUAGAGAAGAAUCAAUUUACAUCGCCGUGCAAUAAUGCCAAUUCCAAUGGCAAUGUCGUAAAUAAGUCGAAAUCGACGCCGGCCAAGUUUCCGCUCACGUUUUGGGAGAUGGCGGUUGCUUCCGCCGUCAUUUUGAGCUUCGCGGUAGGGCUCGUAGGCGUGUACCUUACGAUGCCCGCAUCGGAUUACAGCUUCCUCAAGCUUCCCCGUAGCCUCGAAGAUCUCCAAAUCCUCAGAGAUCACCUUGAGAGCUACACAAGCGACUACACUAUACAAGUCCUCGUGGGGUAUUGUGUCGUCUACAUUUUCAUGCAGACUUUCAUGAUCCCAGGAACCGUUUUCAUGUCAUUGCUCGCUGGAGCCCUUUUCGGAGUCUUCAAAGGUGUAGCGUUGGUGGUGUUCACUGCCACUGCUGGUGCUUCUUCUUGCUAUUUUCUUUCCAAAGUGAUUGGGCGGCCCCUUCUCUCUUCUCUCUGGCCCGAUAAGCUUGUAUUCUUCCAAGCACAGGUGGCUAAAAGAAGAAAGGGGUUGCUGAACUAUAUGCUUUUCCUAAGAGUGACCCCUACCUUGCCAAAUACAUUUAUUAACGUGGCUUCACCAAUAGUUGAUGUGCCUUACCAUAUUUUCUUCCUAGCAACCGUCAUCGGGAUCAUUCCUGCUGCUUAUGUUACAGUCAAGGCUGGCAUAGCUCUGGGUGAGUUGCGAUCAGUAGCUGACCUCUACGACUUCCAUUCAAUAGCAACUCUGUUCCUCAUUGGUAUUGUAUCGGUUACCCCCACGCUGCUGACCAAGAACCAAACCUAAGCAAAAUCACCAAACGAAAAACACUCGGUUAACAUGGUCUCCGUGUUCUCCAGGCAGCGGUUACAUGACUGGAUGUAUAGAUCAAAAAAUAAGUGCAAUGUAAAGCUUUAUCUUAGCCAUCGAUUCGUCACUACUGAAGCUUGGAGAUGGUAUGAAGGGGUGUCAGGUCUCAAAUGGAUCCUCUCCGUUCAGUAUAUGGGAUGAUGUCAGAGACUGUCGAGUGUUUCACCAUUAUAUCAUUGUUGAGCAUUCAAUAUCCAAAAUCAUUCUGGAAAUACAAUGUAGUCCAAUUCAUUUGCUUUGACAAAAAAAAUGAAGAAAAGAAAAGGAAAAAAGUGAUACUUUUGAAGUAUUGUAAUGCGUAACAUUAGUUGUGUUUAAUGUUUUCUUGAUAAUGAUUUGUAA